GUCGUGAACAUCCAUUUUUAACCAUAUAUAAGGCGGCAAUUGCGGUUGUCAAAUUAUCAGUCAACUUGUUCGCUUCAGCAGCACAACACAGACCAAGAAACAAAAAUCCUUAAACAUGUUCAAAUUGGUGGUGUUGUCUGCUCUCCUCGCCGUAGCUGUCGCUCGUCCCGGUCAUCUUUAUGAGUCUCCUCUGGUUUAUGCCGCUCCAGCUGCCACAACCGUUGUCCAGGAGCACUCUCUGGCCAAGGUGGGCUCUGUGGUCAGCAGCAUUCCCACAUCGGUGUCCCACCAGAGCCAGUCGGUGGUCCACAGCCACUCGCAUGUUGUGGAGGACAUCGUGGCCCCGGUGGUGAAGUCCACUCCGGUGGUCAGCUAUGCUGCAGCUGCUCCAGUGGUGCACACCGCCUAUGCUGCCGCUCCCGUUGUCCACACCAGCUAUGCUGCCCCAGUGGUGCACACCUCCUAUGCCGCCGCAUCUCCGGUUGUCUACAACUCCAGCUGGUAAUCGGAAGACUGGACCUUUGGGGACUCAUCUGAGCGAACUGGACGGUUAGAAAAUAGCGAUUCCUAUUGUAUAUAAUUGAAUUUAAUUGCGAGUAAAAUGUGAUUGUUAA